GGGGAAACACACACAAAGUCAAGAGUUCAACUGGAGGUACCGUCAACUUCAUCCCGAAAGCAGCUGCAGCAGACAGAGGAACUGAGAGACGGGAUUGGGGAUUUUACAAGCAACAUGGUGGAGAGAUUGCACAGAGUUUCUGAAUGAUGAUGGUGCCACGUUCAGACAAGGACCAAGUGCAGAACAUCAACCUGAAGAUGCAAACUCAUUUGGUUUUAAACUGGAAGGUGAGGAUGUUGAAGAAGUAAUGAAUAGUCCACUGAACAUAAACAAGACACUUGUUAACUUCCCGUCCAUGAGUACCGAUAGACAAAUUCAACAGUUCCAAGUUUUUCUCACGGCUGUAAUGAAAAAUGAUUUGAUAUGUCGAAUAAGUCAAGUGCAGUACCUUUUGUUGCUGCACUAUUUUGUUAUGGCUCUCUGCUCCAGAAGCAAGGCACAGGAUCUGGCUGAAGCCAAAAAGCAAGUUAAAACAAUUGAGAGAAUGACUAAGGAGAAACCGGAAUGCCAGAAUUUUUUGUAUGUGGCCUAUCACACUUUAGGCUGUUUAUGCUACAAGCAAAAUAGAUUUGAAGAUGCCAUGCAGUGGUUUCAAAAAUCUAAACAAGAGUUUGCAGAAAACCCUCCAAACAUAGAAUGGAGCAAUGUGAUACUAAAAGCAGAAGCGAUUAUACCAGAAUAUUUUGAAGUGAAAAUAAAUGAAUAUAUUGAAAAGUGCACUGAUCCUCCCGACCCCAUAGCAAUCUGUCAACAUUUAAGUUGUCAAGGAUAUUACAAGAAGGAAAUCUAUCCGUCUGACCCUGAUUACAAGGGUUAUGUUGAACUUUCUUGUGACAAUAAUUGUGUCAUGCAAUAUCAUACGACCUGUUGGAAAAAGUUAAGAGAGUCUAACUACCAGGGGCAGUCUAAUCAGGAUUUCUGUUCAAUGAAUUGUAUAAACAGUGGUUGCAAAGGGAUAAUCAUAAAACUUAUGAUACACAGUGCUGCAGGAAGCACACAAACAGAGUUUGAAGUGAAGAUUCCAGCUCAGCAACCACAACUUUCCACUAUGAAGAAUAAAACAAAGGAUACUGAUGCUCCUGAAGAAUCCAGUAAAUGCCCUGAGAAGAAGAAUACUGAGAUGGCAAAGGAAGGACUACAUCCAUUUUGUUCGACAGUCAAAUGUCGCCUUUUUCAAGAAAUGGCUAAGAACAGAAAGCUGAUUGAAAAUGCAAUCUGUGAAAUUGAAAACACAUCAGAACUGUUAACGUUGUGUAACUUGAAAGAAGUACUUGCCGAGAAGAGCAAUAAGGUUUCUGCUGAAAUCAUUGUAGACCGUAUUUUGGAAUGGAACUGCAAUUUUAAGAUACGCCGCUUCCUAAGUCUGCUUAGAAAUCAGGAUAUCUCUAAACACCCAGAACUCUGGGAAUGGCUGAAGCUCAUCUUGGAAUUGAGUGACCAGUGCAGUUUGUACUUCUUAUUCAGUUAUAAGAAAAUCUUAAUUCAAGUCCUUAAUGAAGCAGGAGAUCUCGUUAUCAACAUUGCUGAAAAGCUGCUGUCUAGGAAAGCUGUAAGUGAACAGGAACUAAAGAUACUGACUGCAGCUAAGCAUGACCAAAGAUCACAUAUUUUGAUGGAGCAAAUGAUCACCAAUAAGAUGCUUUGGCAAAUUGGUGAGCUUGUGUUUCUUCUGGCUGAACAGCAAGAUGCAAUUCCAAAACUGAAGCCUUUAUUUGAAGAAUUUAACCAGGAGUUUGAUAAGUUCGACAAAGGCAGUGUCCCUAAUUUUGGAAAUGCUUUACCCAUGGAUUCCUUUUCCAAGGACCUGGACUAUUCAUUAUUUUACCGCCUUCUUCAUCUGCUCAUAAUAAAGGGCACUGAAGUCAUUUUACAGAUAUUUGAUCGGGCGCUACCACCUCAAGUAUUAAAGAGGGAAUUACUUAAAAAUAAACGCAUUUUAGAACCUUACCAUAAAGGCGCUUCAAAGGCCAUGGUAACCACAGGGGAAUGGAGUUUACUUUAUCCACCUAACAACGAGCAACCCAACUCACAGAGGUUCGACAUCACGUUGCUGGCCUCACUUAUAAGACACCUGAAGAUCCUUCCCGCACCCCGCAGAGGGUGGGACGCUGAGCCUGCAAGCAAUGACCACAGCAAAAGCGCAGCCAUAAUCCACCUCUGCAACUUCCGAAACAAGCUUCUUUUCGAAACCCUGAACACUGGAAUUAAUGAAUCUGAAUUUGCUGUGAUGUGGGACAGAAUGACAGAAAUCCUUGUGGACCUUGGGGCAGAUGAGCAAGAACUGCAGGAGCUGAGGAGUUUCCCUGUUGAAAAACUGUGGGAGGAUCACCAUCGACUGGCCGGUUAUCUGGGAAAACCUGUGGCAGAUGUCAUGCAGCUGCUCUUGUCGUUUGUUCAACAAGGAAUGACCGUACAAUCAAAAGAAGCUGCAACACCAAACUCUGUUUUACCUGCACUUCCUCCUCCACAAGAGAUAAAAGAAAAAGUAAUGGAGUCAGAAGAUGUAAUAGACGAUCACUCAGGGAUGCUGAAAGCCAAAACAAAGACUAAGAAGAGAAAGAAAAAGUCUAAAAGUAAAAAAGAUAUGGUUACUGAGGACGAUUAUCAAACAACACAAGUCGCAGUUCCUAAAAGUGAGGUGCUGUCAAUUCCUGUGCAAGAAAACCAAUCAAAUAAGAAUAAGGGAAGUGAGCUAAUGGCAAAUACCAUCUGUAACGUUUCUACAUUUGGAGUCAUUCCUCCAAACUCUUCGUUUUUGGUUUUACACUCUGCAACUGAUGGCAGUGGUACUGUGCCCUCUUUUACAAGUCAUGAAGUUAACCAAUCAGCUGAUUUGCCUGAGCUGACCUACCAGAGUGAUGGAGAACUGGAUGACAUUGAUUUCAUCAUCAAAGAUUCCAACGUAGAUUUGUAUUCAUCCCCAUUGGAAGCUGAUGGAGCCACCAAAAUACAGGAGUAUGUUUGUCAAAAUAGUAAAGGAGAUUCUGAAUUCAGGCAGAAGUUGAUUGAUCUUGAAACUGAAAACAAAGUUCUUAAGAAAAACUCAGAACAUUUGAUGAUUCAAUUCAAGAAUGAGGAACAACGGAGAAUUGAUGCAGAAAGCAUGAUUUCAAAACAACAAGAAUAUUAUCAUCAGGAAUUAUCCCGAUUAAAGCAACAACUUCAAAGGAAAGAAGAGGAGAUAAAGAAAGUUACUGCACAAUAUUCAAAUGAGAGGAUGCUGUGGAAUAAGGAUAAAGCUAAACUGGAGGACGUAACUGCAAAGAAUAUUGUGAAGUUGGUAGAGGCAACGAAGCGAGCAGUUGCUGCUGAGGUUUUGGUUCUGGAGUGUCGGAGGGAUAAUGGUCUCUUCCAGCUCCAGCAGGCUGAACAGGACUGUACAGUGCACCUUAAGGCAGCCGAAGAGAAUAUGGGGAGGAAUCCUACAUCUGCUUCUGCCUGUGCAACAGCUGAUGGUUGGCAAGCAAUUGUGGCUGAUAUAAGAAAUAAAAUUGAUUUUACAAAGAAUCAAUUUGAUGAACAGAUAGCUUUGUUGAAAAGUGGAACGAAGCUGAGCAUACUUCCACAAAUAAAGAUACCACCACCACCUCCACAUCCUGAUGCAGUGAUGAAGCAUUUUCUGGAACAACAUUUACAAAUGAAAUCAAACUAUUGGCAGGCUGGAUCUGGACAAUCCAGUUCUGCUAAUGGAAGGUCCACAGUUGUCAAGGCACAGCCAGAAGUUUCGAUAUCUGGACCGGAACAGAUUCAAGUGGCUGCCCCAGCAUCCAACCAAGUUGUAGCCUGGCACACUGGAGCAGCAGCAAGGGAAGUGGCAUCAACAGGAGGAAUCCGUGGGAAAAACAGCUUUGAAAGAAUCAUGGAGAAACUCUCAACAUAUUACCCACAAUUUACACGAAGUUCACUGACAGAUUAUCUGAAGGAAGUGAGGCUGUCGAAUGGUGGAUCCCUGUCUGGAUUAUCAUAUGAUGAAAUUAUAAAUAAAGUCACUCGAUUAGUGGAGUCAAAACUGUCUGCGAGGAGUAACAGAAGUCAGAAUAACCCCCCUCAGACAUCUGUCUGGCAUUCAUCUAGACAGCAGGGAUUUAAGCCCUGGGAAGGAGCUACAGCCUUGAGUGAAGAAGAUCCUUGUGUGAUAUGUCAUGAAGAACUUACUGCAGAAUCCAUGCUUAUUUUACCAUGUGCUCAUAAGUUCCACUCACAGUGCAUUGAACCAUGGCUGAAUGAACAGAGAACCUGUCCGACUUGCAGACUUCAUGUUGUGCUACCGCGAGAGUUCCCAGACCUUCCUAGUCGGAAAAUUCCUCCGUUGUAGAGUAGACAUUGUAGAAUUGGUAAACCAAUUACAACCUAUCCAUCUGGAUGUGCCCGGACACGCCCCUCUGCUGACAGUUCCUGUGGCUCCUCCCACAGUUCAGGGCAGUCAUACAGCACGGACAUGUAUCCAUUUUACUGUUAAUAGAAGCCUUUAAUAAAAGAACUCACCGCGU